UUCCGGUUAUUGGACCAUGAGUCUGGAAGUUUCUACAUGUUCGGGGAAAUAUCGUUGAUAAAAACGCAGAUUUCUGAAACGCAUUGUUCAGUUUACCCUCCGACAUUAUAGACACAAGACAUAUAACUUGUGUAAGAAAGCGUUAAACACGAGAAGUUAAUUCAAGGAAAAAUGGUUAAGGAAACAGAAUACUAUAAAACAUUGGGAGUUGAACCCAGUUGUACUCCUGAAGAACUGAAGAAAGCCUACAGAAAACUUGCUCUAAAGUAUCAUCCAGACAAAAACCCUGAUGAAGGAGAAAAGUUCAAAGCGAUCAGCCAAGCGUAUGAAGUGCUGGCUGACCCAAAGAAGAGAGAAUUGUAUGACAGAGGAGGUGAGGAUGCUAUAAAAGGAGGAGACAGUGGAGGAGGUGGUUUUAACUUCCAUUCACCUAUGGACAUUUUUGACAUGUUUUUCGGCGGCAAUGGUGGUGGCCGAAGGGGAAGAGGCCCAUCCAAAGGAAAAGAUGUUGUUCACCAAAUCAAAGUUUCUCUAGAAGACUUGUACAAAGGGGCCACAAGAAAACUGGCACUUCAGAAAAAUGUAAUCUGUGAUAAAUGUGAAGGUCGUGGUGGUAAAGAGGGAGCCGUUGAGAAGUGUACACCCUGCCGUGGGACAGGCAUGCAGGUACGGAUACAGCAGAUCGGCCCCGGGAUGGUACAGCAGAUACAGAGUGUGUGUGGUGAUUGUCAGGGACAGGGAGAACGUAUCAAUCCCAAGCACCGCUGCAAAAACUGUCAAGGACGUAAAGUUGUACGCGAACGCAAAAUCCUAGAGGUCCACAUUGACAAAGGAAUGAAAGAUGGGCAGAAUAUCCGUUUCCAUGGCGAGGGAGAUCAGGAACCCGGUCUAGAGGCUGGAGAUAUCAUCAUCGUCUUGGAUGAAAAAGAACACCAAACAUUCCGACGUCACGAGAACGACCUCAUCAUGGAAAUGGAGUUGGGACUUGCUGAGACACUUUGUGGCUUCCAGAAAACCAUCCCCACACUAGACGACAGAACUCUAGUACUGACAAAUCUACCAGGGGAGGUAAUAAAACAUGGAGCGAUAAAAUGUGUGAUGAACGAAGGCAUGCCAAUAUACAAGGACCCUUUUGAAAAAGGACGACUUAUAAUCAAAUUUAGUAUAAAAUUCCCAGAAAAAAUAGACCCUGCAUCUGUUGGCAUGCUGGAAAAAAUCCUACCUUCCAGACAAGAAGUCAUUAUUCCGGACGGAGCCGAGGAGCAUGAUCUCGUCGACUUCGACCCCAAGGCACAGUCAAGUCGAAGGCGAGCGGAAGCUUAUGGAGAGGAUGAAGAUGGUGAUGGUAUGGGAGGACAACGAGUGCAAUGUGCGUCACAUUAAUCAGACAAGAGACGAGACGUUUUAGCCGUUUUUAAUAAUUCUUGUGGCCAGUUUUGCUGGUGAAUUUAGUAUUUAUGACUGGGAGGUUUCAUAGUUGAUGGGUGUCUACAUAUAGAUACGAUUGCCUUUAGGCUAUUAUUAAUAACUGUGAUUGGAAAGUGGAUAACGGUCAAUGUAGACAAAUAGCUCGGAAUGGACAGUAUAUGCCUAUUGGACCCAAACACAGCUGACCUUAUGACUCCCCGCUGAACCACAUUCUCACCAGAUGAAGGCAACAGUUUAUACACAGAUUCUGUUCCAAGUUAAAUAAGAUGUGACGGAUCCGUUGUCCAUAAUCUUCAUAACUAGCUGUAAGGCCUUUUCUUUGAUGCAGAUUAACUGGUUCAUCUUCUAGGUAUAAAUGUAAAAUCUGAGACAUAUAAUUUUGGUCUGAAGAUGUUUUUAACAGGCCUUGGAAUUAUUCAUCUUGGCCCACCACAAAGUAAAGUUCAGUGAAUAGGUCUAUCUUCAUUUCAUAGCGAACAAUUCUGGUCUGUUUGGACUGAGAUAUAGUGUCUAAUCUCAAUGUUUGGUGUUUUUUAGCUCAGGGUAUUUACUCUCUCUAAAUAUACUGAGAUAAUGAGAUUCCGGCAAUAAUUUCUCCAAUAUGAUCAAAAAAUCUAUAUACUUAGAGUAUAAAUGAUACCUUUAUGGCUGUUACAAAUAUAGGGAUUCAGAUUUCUGGAAAGAUUUUCAAGUUAUCUGGUAAAUCAAACUCUCCUGGAUAUUGGUUCCAGUUAAAUAUAUGAUGUUUUCUUUGUGUGUACUUGAUAAUUGGAGCCUGUAAGCUCUUCAUUAAGAAAUUUAUUGAUAGAUAGACUUGCAUGCUGUACUGAGAUUUUUUUUCAUGUUCGUCUAUAGCUAUUAACUUUUGCAGUAUUCAUUGAGGUGAACGAAGAAUGCCAUUUGAAUUUUCCUUGUUACAUUUUAAACAAAAUUGAUGUAGACAAUCUGAUUUGUCAGUUCAAAAAUGUGACAUCAAUAUCUCUGGGAUACAUUAAUAUAAUGGAACAGCAGAUUUGAAGUCUCGAGUCUCGUCAUGAAAACCAAAAAGAAACUAUAGGACUGCUGUAGGUCCAUCUUUGUUUCAUGAAGGAACAAUAGAUAUACUGGUCCAACCAUUUGGACGGCAAUGAAUAAAUAUGGACCAGGUUUUUAAUUUGGAAACUGCCAAGGGAAAUAGUGUAUAUACUUCCAAGGCUGGGACUGUUGUACAUGUGUUUAUUUAUGAUUUGUCGGUUAUUAAGUGCAGGUCAAAAUUUUACAGGCAUAACUUUUGGUAUUUUUAUCAUUUUACUGACAAUGUGAGUAUAUAAACCUCUCUGUGAGAUGUACAUAAAACAUUCAUUAUUAUUUAUCCUUUUAUAUUUUUCAACGUUUUCUAAAAUCAGACAUGAAAAAGCUUAAAAAUUCACAGACAUUCUGAAUUAAACAUGUUUGUGACAUAAGUUCCAAACUAUAAACUCUGAACUCGUGACAUGCGACAUGCAUUGUUUGUAUUGUGUUACAAGGUAUUCUCUGAUACGCAAUUAUUUAUACAUACAAUUCUGAAUAAAUUGUGUUUCAAGUUGAUGAAUAUAAUUCAUUGUACAUGACACAUUAUUGUUAUAUUGGAUGAAAAAAACACCACUUUAUAGAUAUCUGUCUGUUCUCUUAGUUAGACAACAGUUUAAAAAUAAUAAGUUCCGUUUGUCAGCGAUAUUGCUGUUGUUAAUAUUUCAAUGCUUGAUAAACAUAUCUUUUUAUUUUAUAAUGAAGUUUUUGUGGUUGAAUUCUGGUUAGUAUAAUAUUAUGUACAUUACAUAUACAUAUUUAUCUGGUCUUUGUUUAGACGUUAUAUUUAUCUGUGUUUCGGGUUGGACAUACCCAGUUAAUUUGCUGUAGGGAGAAAGUAGAGCAUUGUAAGAGUUAUCUCCCUUGAUACCUGCGAACUCGAACAAGUCUAUCAUGUGUUCACUUUAAUCUCCCUUCUCUAUGUAAAAUCUAAUCACUAAUCACAAGAAAAUUUAACAAGUAGGGAAAUCUUCUCUUUCAAAUGAAUUCCAUUCAAUGUCACACUGAAGUUUAAAAUAUCGGUAAUUUAACACAAUGAAAAAGAAAUGAAAUGUCUGAAAGUCAUAUUAAAGAGCAAUGUGUCCAAAUACAGAUGUCAAAAACAUAAAGUUGUAGCGCCAACAACAUUCUGCAUUCUGUGUUAGGAAGUAGACCGUGUAUUUCUCCUGAGACUUGAGUUAUACUCAGUUUACACAGGAAUCACCUUAUAUAAAUGAAAUGGGAAACAAUUAAUGUGAUGUGGAUGUGUCAAUGUAUUUCUCAGUCAAGUUACAGUGUUAGUAUGACUGGAACAAAAAAACUUGAUUGUAUUUUUAACUUGGACUGCAAACUCCAAAUAAAAUUAUACUGUACUAAAA